AUGGAAGAUUGGAUUGGUUUAGAUUUGCUCAAGACCUUGAUGGGUAAAUGCAAAGGUUGUGGGAAAUUAGGAAGAAUGAUGCCAAGGGGUGGAUCUGUGAGUGCAUAUCAAUUUUCCCUUCUAUUGUCGCCUGUGGUUUCUGUUUGGGAUUGCAUCGUUCGCAAAAUGAGGUACUCCUACAUACCUGAGUGGGAGUAG